AAUACACGUAGUAUGGCAUGAGGACGGCAACAAAAAGUGAUGGAAACUCGCGGCCUCAUUCUUAUGUCAUCUUUGCUUCUUCCUCUCCUCCUAACUACUACUUCAGCUCAACUUAGAAGUGACUUCUACAAAAACACAUGCCCCAAUGUGGAAGCAUUGGUCCGAUCAGCUGUCACAAAGAAGUUCCAGCAAACCUUUGUGACUGUUCCAGCCACUCUUAGGCUCUUUUUCCACGACUGCUUUGUCCGGGGUUGUGAUGCUUCGGUGUUACUUGCCUCGACAACAAAUGCAGCGGAGAAGGAUCACCCUGAUGACAUUUCUCUUGCUGGUGAUGGAUUUGACACUGUGAACAAAGCUAAGGCGGCUGUUGAUAAUGAUCCUCAGUGCACAAACAAAGUUUCCUGUGCUGAUAUACUAGCUCUGGCCACUAGAGAUGCGGUAGCAUUGGCAGGGGGGCCAUCUUACACAGUCGAAUUGGGGAGACGUGAUGGGAGAAUAUCUACAAUUGCGGGCGUUCAAAACCAUCUUCCUCAUCCUGAUUUCAAUUUAGACCAGCUCAAUGCCAUGUUUAGCCCACACGGUCUCACCCAGACAGAUGUGAUUGCAUUAUCAGGUGCGCACACGGUUGGGUUCUCUCAUUGCAGCCGUUUCUCCAAACGAAUAUACAGAUUCAGCCCUCAAAACUGGAUUGACCCGACACUAAAUCUAGCCUAUGCUUUACAGCUAAGACAGAUGUGUCCAUUAAAAGUUGACCCCAGAAUCGCCAUUAAUAUGGACCCAACCACACCUCAGACAUUCGACAAUGCCUACUACGGAAAUCUUCAGCAAGGAAAAGGUCUCUUCAACUCUGAUCAAGUAUUGUUUACAGAUACAAGGUCAAGACCCACUGUCAACUUAUUUGCAUCAAACAAUGAAGCUUUUAAACAGGCCUUUGCAAGUGCUAUCACAAAACUAGGCAGAGUAGACGUUAAGACUGGAAAUCAAGGUGAGAUUCGACGUGAUUGCACGAGGGUGAACUAGAAGCUGGGAGUUUCCCUUUUUCCCUCAACUUUCUUUUCUCUUCAAGUUACGUACGAUUUUAGUUUCUUGAUCAAGUUUUGUGAUUUGAUAGGGUAUCACUAUCUGUAUGAGCAUCUCUGAUAUUUCAGUCUUACGAACUUGUGAUUGUGAGUUCAUAAUGUAAUAAUGAUUAAUUCAGUCCAGGGCCGGACAAACAAGUACGUGAA